AUGGCCAUCGACUUCUCCGGUUUCGAGUUCGGCGUCACCAUCCACCAGGGCAUGAACUGGGACAACCUGCGCCUGCCCCAGAGGUUCGCCUCGAUCGUCGAUGGGAAAGAGCCCCACCAUGUCCUCUUGCGUAUGUACAGCGGCGCAGCCGGCCUAUGUUCCGCGGAGGUGAUGUUCGACGGCGAAGGGCAGAUGCUCCUCCACAACGAGUGGAGGCGCGUCGCCCGCUCACACACCAUUGAAGUCAGCCACUUUUUCGUCUUAAAGUACAACGGCCACAACAUCUUCACCGUCAAGGUCUUCGACGAGACCAUAUGCCGCCGCCACUUAGGGAAUUUUCUAUGUAAUAGAUUUGCCCAAACACUGAACCAAAUGGACCAGCUGCUAGGCGUGCUGUCCGGGCAGCCGGACCAACACUGA